AUGGACGAGCAGUCUGUGAAGCCGCCCCAGCGGGGAAAGGGACGCCCGGUGCGGCUGGCGUCCCCAUCUCAAGAAACGCGUGAAAGUAGUGACAGUGUGGAUGCGUGUCCCUUUUGUCUCUGUUCGUUGGCUGGCAUGAGUGUUAAAGAGUAUGGUGAUCAUCUGCGAAGGUGCAUGACGCAACCGGUGAAGUCUUCUGCUUCCAUUUCCUCAACAAAAACCACUGUAACCGAAAACUGUACAGAGCUCCCGUCAGCUAAACCUAGUUUAUCCAGUGCUCUUACGGAGCUUCACAUCUGUCCUUGCUGCGAAGAAGUCACUCUUCCGGCACGGGAAUUGGACGCUCAUCUGCAAACCUGUGGUGUGGAAAUAAUUGCCACUACGUCCACCGCGACUUCUUCACUAAUAAAUUAUACACCGUCGACGCCGUCCCUUUUCUCCGCAGCGGAAAUUAAAUCCGUUGUUGCACCGAAAGUGCCACGAGGCCCUCCAAAACAAACCCGAAUUACGCUGAAAAAGCUGCAGAAAAUUGAUGAAGAAACACAAGUGGCUUUGGCUCUUUCCGCGUCGUUGGUGCCACAAGAGCCACCUACCCGGCGACCGAAAAAAAACAUCGCUCGCAGUAGAAUCAAGUUUUCUCAACCCGCGCCGCUGCUUCUGGAGAGAGAUUCCAGUGAAUCGGAUAAGAUAAUCGGCGAUAAGGUGGCGGCUGUUGUGGCUCAAGGUGGCGGUGAAGUAGCCAUAGAGCAGUCUGGUGUUUUACCCGAUAGCAAAAUUGCGACCGACCCUGACCCGUAUAACGAUGGUAUCUAUACUGGUAAUCGUCGUUUGUGGAAUCUUUCAAGAAAUAAGGAGAAACAAGACACGGACCGGUUUUAUGUUGCUUCUCUGGUGCCUCCCAUUUCUCCUAAGAAGCCGGAAGAAGAGAUUCGCAUGAAACAUUUAUCGCAGAUUCCCGGCUUCCGGCUACCUUUGGAUUUCUCACAGAAAACUAUUGUGAACUUGAUACACCACAACCCUGAUCUCAACGAUGAAAAAAUGCCUUGCCAUAAUGCACAGGCAGGGAUAAUUGGAGAAAGCAUUGUGGAACAAACGUCCUCAAGUUUUCAGGAUUCUGCUUCGUUACACCAGGCACCCAUUGCACCGACAAUAACUGUUGGCGAGAGAUUGGCCGAAAGCGAAGAGAGUGAUGAUGAGGACAACCGUACACUGAUCCUGUGUUCGUCGGACGAUGACGUGGGUCAACUGGAAGAUAUUCCUGGCAGUCCAGCUGUUGAGCAUAACAACUCGGCUUUAUUAAUCCCUAACGGCGAUGAAGAAGUACGAUUCGCAAGCCUUUCGGAUAAGCAGUUAAACCAAAAACUUUCCAAAUUCGGAAUCAAACCUUUAGAGCGCGCCAAAGCUGUUGCUUUUCUGAGUGCUGUGGAUGAGUCAAGAGGAAAGUCCAAGAAGCAACGCAAACGUAAAAAUGCGGACGAAAAUGGAAAGGACGAUUCUACCUCGUCUAGUGGAAAAAGCGUUGUUGUUACUAAAGCGUCCAAAACUAGAAAAGAUUCCAAACCACGCAAAACCGUUGCUGCACGCCAAAGGAAGUCUAAAAAUCGCAUUGUACAGUUGGUUUCUUCAGAUGAUGAAGAUACUGUAGAUGAAGAAACCGAGAGUGUCCCAGAAUCACCGUCAAAAUCUUCAUCGAAGCCGGUUAAAGUUACUACUGUCGAUGACGUUCACGCAGUUUUAGACGAUUACAUCAGGACACACACCAAUCUGUACGAGCAGAUUUUACAGUAUCAAGUUGUGUAUUUGCGGCCAUUUUUGAAGAAGCUAAAAGAAGAUGGAUAUAGUGUGAAAGCAGGACUUGCCAUGGACUAUUUUGAUCGACAUAGCAUUGCGUUUUCGCAACACAAUGCGGAAAAACCAAGACCUUGGGGUGGUAGCAAAACCGCGAAAACCAAGUAACUGUGUUGGGUUUUAUUUGAGUAUGUGAAGUGUGCAUGUUUCAAUGUGCUUUGGCUGCUUUUAUUCGCCGAUACCCGUAUAAAUCGAAUGCAAGCGCAGUCGUCUUUUGCCUUUAAAGUUAGUGAUUCCGUCGAUAGAGAUAUUAAUUCUGACAUGUUUUUAUCGUUUUUACCUGAGCUGAAGUUGGUAAACAUUCGUAUUUUGGCGAUGUUUUCGUUUACAAGUGUCUGAUGAGAUCGUGGUUGUUUUGAUUUGGUUUCUUGCCGCUUCUGUUGAUGAGUUAAGCAAAACGAUCAUGUUUCAGUUGUACAAAACACUAUAA